AUGCAGUCCAAGACGGAGACAGUCGCAGUGGUCGAGUGGCUCGAGACGAACUCGUCGUCGGCCGCGAGUUCCGUUCCCAAUCGAGCCGCGACCGCCCGUGCCCGCUGGACGAAAAAAGCGCUUUCUUUUGGCUCGACGACGUCCUCGACCGAGACCGAGCGAUGCACUGACUUGGACCAGCUCGACAUGGCCGGUGUGGCUGCGGACGGUGUCUUGGCACUGGACGGCCGCACGGCUGGAGGGUACUGUGGGUACGUACACGUUGCACGGGCGGCCCGACGUGGUCGCCAGACGUUUGUGAAGCUCUUUUGUCGCCUCGAGGAACUCGUGUGCCGGUUCUACACGUCGGCAGACGAGGCCGAGCAGGGCGCACGACCGGUUGGUCGGCACGUCAUCAUUGCCGUCCACCGAGUGCACGCACGGAACAAGACGUUUGCCGUCACGGACUAUGAAGACCGCACGGUGCUGCUCCACACGUGCCUGGGCGCCGACUUUGAGCACUGGUACAGCACGUUUGCUGGUAUGGUCAGGGUGACUCAGGUGGCGAAACCGCGACCGGGUGGAGGAAGCACCCGUCGGGCAACGGCUGUGCCAUGUAAAGAAGCCACGAGACUUUGCGGGGUGCUGCAAAAUGCGUACCGAUUGCGGGCGUUGACAGCGCCGAUGUUGCCAAGUUGGUCGGGAGGAACGUCUCACGAGUCGGACGGGCUAGUGGUGCGAAAAGACGCAGAAGAUUGCGAACGCAGUUACACAGUGUGGCUGUAUGUACAAGCUCCGAGGUGGCAUCACUUGCUGCAGCGACGCCAGCGCUUGCGACGGUAUUUUGUGUUUGCAGGUACGACUGUGAGCUGCUUUAGUGUGAACAAGGAAGGCAAGCGCGCUGCGUUUACGUGCACUGUCACGGCGUGCAAUUACGACAGGGAGCAGGACGCAAGUGUCGUGGAAGUGGAAUGUGGUCAUCCACAGAGGAAGUUACGCCUGAGCAGUAGCACGAAUGACGCGGAAAGUGCAGUAGCGGCAACGGCAGAGUACAUUCAAACAGCUCUUGCGACCCGAACGGAUUACGCGUAG